AGAAAUUAAAAAUGUAAUUUUAAAUUUUAAACUAAAUAAAGUUUUAUAAUUUCUGAUAUACAUUUUAUUCUCUUCUAGUUUUGAAGGUCUUGUUUUUGUGACAAACUUCAAGGAAAAAAAUAAUUAUAGAAUAAUUCUAAAAAAUGUUAGCUUUUGAAACGCGAUUUAUAUUCUAGCAAACUGAGUUGGCCUAGCGUUGCCUAGCAGCAAAAAAACAAAUAAUAUCACCAGUUGUAUUAGACUCGCUAUUCGACAAGUCAGAACAGCUAUAUAUUAAAUAUUGAUUAAAAUUUUAGUUAAAACGUUCCGAUAUGGAAAAUGAUAAAGAAAAACACAGCGAUGAGCUCAUGAAUCGCAUUCGGAAUGAACUGACAGCCAUAUUGGCUCAAGAGGCUGCAGACGAAUCCGAAAGAAAGAUAACAAAUGAACUGCUUUUAAGUCCCAAUCCGCUGCCAAUUUUUGGGCCCAUAAGAAAGAGUAGGGCCAUGAAAUCGAGCAACUCUAAAAAGAAGGUGGGUAAGCCCAGCUCGGCAGGUAGUAGAAUGAGUUCUUCGGCGGGAAGCGGAUCAUCUGAAGAUCGUUUAGCAGCAAAAGAUGCCCAGAAAAAGGACACCGAUCCGACUUCCACUUCCUCCAGUUUUUCUUUCAAAUCAGAAUCUUCCGAUCAGUAUGAGGGCCCGCCCAAGAAUCGCAGUUCCCGUGCCGAGUUCAUGGAAUCCCAUGCUGCCAAGAGCAUCGACGACGACGUGCAGAAGAUGCAGAUGGAGCUAAAGCAAAGCUACGAGCUCUUCCAGAGCAUUGGCGAGAAAUUCGAGUCGGUAAACUUCUCGGGCUUAAAGAGCCGCAUCCGGGACCUGCACCUGAACGACUCCAACAAUGAAAUGGGCAAGGCGACAACCCAGGAGCUGCAGAAAAUGUUCGACCAGCGUUAUCUGCAGAAUCGCCUGGACAAGCUAUCCACGGACGCGACGCAGGGAUUCCGCCGGCAUCCUGGUGAGUUCGGGGAUAUUCCGGAGCUGAGCACCUUCUUUCAGGCGUGCACGCAGCUGGAGCACGGCUUGGAUGCACUGCGUCAACAGCGACGGCGCAACAGCGAGCUGGAGAAGCGCCUCUGCUGGGCCACCGAGAUCGCCUACGAUCGCAUGGACGAGAUCCGCAAUUCGGUGGGCUCCGAUCCGGAAAAGAACUUUUGAAGUGACCAUUACUUAGUCAUAGAAUAUAGUAGUUAUUUUAUGGUUCAUCCCAAAGUUCAUUACCCGCACACACAGGUGCAAUAUACAUACAUAUAUACACGCAUUGUCCACACACAUAUGAUGCAUAUGCAA